AUGCCAAAAGCUCCUGAAAAGUUCAUCCAAAUUGCAUGUGGGCACGCUGCUGAAAACAUAGUGUCGAGUACCAAACCUGAGAAUCGUGCUGAUUGGGGUGUUAAUUCGAAAACAACUUCGUUCUUUGUCGAAAAUGUCUUCUUCCUUCUCGACUCGACGCUCAGCUCUCUCAGCCAGCUAGCCACGUCAGUCUCAGAUAAACCUCCUCUUCCUCAACCGACCCGAUAUACUGGAUUAGAUGUUAUUUGUCUGAAUGAGGAAUUGGGUUAUGUUCUGGUCUAUGGUAAAGGAGAUUUCAUCAUGGGAAUUCCGAGUCUCCGCAUUUACAGAGUGCAUUUACACGCAUUUUGCAAAAUCUGGGACAUUCAAAUAAUCUUAUGA